GGCAGUUGUCAUUUUGCAAGCAGCGCCGGCGGGUGCGCGAGUUGUUCUUUUCCUUGAGUUGAGUUAAUUUCUGGUAUAGAUUCAUUUCAUAGCGGCUUGCGACAUGGGCGAUGCAAUGCAGGUGGAGGUUAAGGACAUCGAUAAGCUGUUCGAAUUGGAUGGCUACCUAAAACCCUUUGAGCGUGAGAUACGCCGCCGACAUGGCGUUCUUAAGGAUUGGAUUAACAAGAUUGAUCAAUGCGAGGGUGGCAUAGAUGAAUUCACCCAGGGCUACAAUUACUAUGGCCUGCACUUUCAGCCGGACAAUUCGGUGAUUGCACGCGAGUGGGCGCCGGGAGCAAGAGACGUUUAUUUGACUGGGGAUUUUAACAAUUGGCAUUGGGAAUCGCAUCCGUUCAAGAAACUGCCUUUUGGCAAGUGGGAACUGCAUUUGCCUGCCAAUGCAGAUGGCAGUCCGCCCAUCAAGCAUUUGAGCGAAAUUAAGGUGAUUAUACGCAACCAACAUGGUCAGCUGCUGGAUCGUCUGUCACCCUGGGCCAAAUAUGUGGUGCAACCACCCAAGGAGGCGAAUCAAGGCGUCAACUAUAAGCAAUAUGUUUGGCAGCCGCCGGCCGGCGAACGCUAUCAGCGUCAGCAUGGCCGUCCAGCCAGGCCCAAGUCUCUCAGGAUCUACGAAUGCCAUGUGGGAAUUGCUUCGCAAGAGCCUCGUGUGGGCAGCUACGAUGAGUUUGCCGAUCGCAUUGUGCCACGUAUCAAACGGCAGGGCUACAACUGUAUCCAAGUGAUGGCUAUUAUGGAGCAUGCCUACUAUGCCAGCUUUGGCUAUCAAGUGACCAGUUUCUUUGCUGCAUCCAGUCGCUAUGGUAAUCCAGAGCAACUGAAACGCAUGAUCGAUGUGGCCCAUGCCCAGGGAUUGUAUGUGCUGCUCGAUGUGGUGCAUUCGCAUGCCUCCAAAAAUGUCCAAGAUGGUCUCAAUCAGUUUGAUGGCACCAACAGCGGUUUCUUCCACGAUGGCGCUCGUGGAGAGCAUUCCCUGUGGGACAGUCGCCUGUUCAACUACACUGAGCAUGAAGUACUACGUUUUCUGCUCUCCAAUUUGCGUUGGUGGCACGACGAGUAUAAUUUUGAUGGCUAUCGUUUCGAUGGCGUCACAUCUAUGCUCUAUCAUUCGCGAGGCAUUGGUGAAGGAUUCAGUGGCGACUACAACGAGUAUUUUGGUCUCAAUGUCGACACGGACUCUCUGAACUAUCUGGGUCUAGCCAAUUAUAUGUUGCACAAGCUGGAUCCCGAAGUCAUAACCAUUGCAGAGGAUGUCUCUGGUAUGCCAACUUUGUGUCGUCCAGUGCCAGAGGGCGGUAUUGGCUUUGACUAUCGCCUCGGUAUGGCCAUACCGGACAAAUGGAUUGAGUUGUUGAAGGAGCAGAGUGACGACCAAUGGGAUAUGGGCAAUGUGGUGCACACGCUCACCAAUCGUCGCUGGAAAGAGAACACUGUGGCCUAUGCCGAAUCGCAUGACCAGGCACUUGUCGGUGACAAGACUAUUGCCUUCUGGCUGAUGGACAAGGAGAUGUACACGCACAUGUCUACGCUCUCCGAUUCAAGCUUGAUUAUUGAUCGUGGCUUGGCGCUGCACAAGAUGAUACGGCUUAUCACACACGCAUUGGGUGGCGAAGCGUAUCUCAAUUUCAUGGGCAACGAAUUCGGACAUCCCGAGUGGCUUGAUUUUCCACGCGUUGGCAACAACGACUCGUAUCAUUAUGCUCGUCGCCAGUGGAAUCUGGUGGAUGAUCCACUGUUGAAGUACAAGUAUCUGAAUGAGUUUGAUCGUGCCAUGAAUGAAACAGAGGAGCGCUACGGCUGGCUACACUCUGGCUCCGCCUACGUCAGCUGGAAGCACGAGGGUGACAAGACCAUCGCCUUUGAGCGUGGUGGACUUGUGUUUGUCUUCAAUUUCCAUCCAACGCAAAGCUUCAGUGAUUAUCGUGUUGGCACCAACUGGGCCGGUACCUACCAGGCAGUGCUCUCGUCAGACGAUCCCUUAUUCGGUGGCCACAAUCGCAUUGAUAUGAACUGCAAGCAUCACUCCGAUCCUUGGGGGCACGCUGGUCGCUCAAAUUUCAUUCAAAUCUAUGCGCCUUCCCGCACAGCUGUGGUGUAUGCACGAGUUAGUGAUUAAAUAAUCGAUCAUCAGCAAAUUGUUUAUAAAUAAACGCGUGUACAUAUAUACAUACCUAUUAUGUAUGUUAUAUACUAUGUAAAACAAUGAGAUAUGAAUUUCUAAAUUAGAUAUAGUUUUUGUUAAUGUUACGAAAGCCAUCAAUAAAAUUAUAUACCCGUA